AUUUGGGAGAGCUCAGCCCCACCUGGUGCUCCCCAUAGGUACCCCGCUGCGGGGUUUGAACCUUGAUCCAUGGCACGCGAUGGAAACGACAUAUCCAUUCAAACGCGCUGUAUCUUGACCAGUCGACACGAAGUUUGUAGUUUUCCAAUAUCCCAGGAACCGCAAUGGCAACCAAGCUUCCCGAAACAAUGCGAGGCCAGUUCCUCCACGCGUACAAGCAACCAUACCAAUCACGCAUCGUGCCUAUACCGAAACCCUUGCAUCCAGACGACGUCUUGAUCAAAGUCGAUGCCGCAUCGUACUGCCAUACCGACUAUGUCUUAGCCCAAGGGCAGAUGCCAGGUCUUCCGAAUUCUUUCCCACACAUCGGGUGCCACGAAUUUGCUGGCACCACAGUCUCCCAUUCCGCUCAUCCAAGUCCAGAUGCAGCCAAAUUCAAGAUAGGCACGCGAGUUGGAGUUACCGGACGUGCCUUCCAUGCUUGUCGAGAGUGCUUUGAGUGUCAGGGCUCAAAGGACCCCAUAGCCCAGGACGAGAAAGGCUACUCGGUGCACUGCACACGUGCAGAGAAUAACGGAAUCAGCAAAGACGGCGGAUUUGCAGAAUAUGCCGUGGUUGAUGCCCGCCAGCUCGCGCCAAUACCGGAAAAACUUUCGGCGGUGGAGACUGCGCCGCUCAUGUGCGCUGGUAUAACGAUAUAUGCUGCAUUAAAACGAUGCCAGCUGACGCCUGGGGACCGCGUAGCGAUCAUGGGGGCUGGCGGAGGCCUUGGACAUCUCGGACUGCAGUAUGCGACUAAGAUGGGCUUCAAAACCCUCGGUGUCGACGCGGCGGACGGACCGCUCAACCUGGCGAGAUCACUUGACACCGGUGCACAAAUUGUUGACGCAAGAUCAGAGAAAGCAGCAGACGUUGUGGAGCAGCUUGGCGCGGAAGACGGAAAACGCGACCUUGGUGAAAAGGGUGUUGAUGCUGUGAUUAUCCUACCAGAAAGUCAAGCAGCGUUUGAUUAUGGCAUGACACUGCUGAAGUCCCACAGCAAGUGCGUGAUCGUCUCUUUCCCAGAGGCGGGUUUCCACGUAUCGUCUCGGGAUAUUGUUUUCCGAGACAUCUCAAUCAUAGGCAGUCUCGUUGGGAGCAACAAGACGCUGCGUGAGAUGCUCGACUUCUCGGCACAACACGGUAUACGGGCGGUGGCCAAGUCAUUUCCUCUUUCAGAGCUGAACGCACUGGUGGAGGAUUACCACAAAGGUGGUGGUGGCAAGCUAGUUGUAGAUAUGGCGUUGGAUGGCCAGUGAUAACAGACAAAUUUGUGACAGUGAUCUCAUUGGGACCCAAAACUUGAAACUCAUCCCGAAUCCAACAUGUCUGCGUAUAGAUUCAGAGCACUGCCGAUGACGUCGACAAUCGCCCAAGUCUGCGCGCCUUUGAAGAUCGUGGCCCAGACCCUGAGGACUCCAGCACUCAAACACUUGGUGUAUGCGGGUGAGUCAAUAGGUACGUCAGCCGGAAGGGCAAACUCUGUCUCGUCGAGCAUGCUCUUGACGAUUGAAGUGAUCCGGCGCUCGUCUUCCGUGACAGCGGGCUCUGGAUUGGGUAUAGACAAUGCUUCCAACCACUUGCUCAUCAAGUAGGCGCACUCCAAUGUACAUAAAGAAUGCUGUAUAGACCAAAUAAACGAUUGUGUCUUCGCGACGAGUCGGUAGCCA